GUAAGCGGUAGCGGUGACAGUGCUGAUUCAACCAUGUUAGGGAGGAGAAAAAGAAGACAUCUGCAUGCAAUGCCGCGGAAUGUCGACACAGCAGGGACGUCAAGAGGACUGGACGUCAAGUGGAAACGAAAAAGUUUCAAGCGUUCAAACGGCUACGAUGCAGCAGAUGUGAUUGACCGAACACCCUCCACGUAUAUUGAACAGACUGAGCUGCAACCUCUGCGACAUGUGCCGACUUCGGCGGUUCAAGCAGGUGGCGUCACAACCACAACCACAAUCGUCCAUGAAUCACGCGAAGACGAAGAAGAGGAGGAGAUAGAAUGUAGUGAGGGCGAAAACCGACACAGCCAUCCUAGAGACGAUUGCCCUCCUAUCAUGACACAUCCUCCAAUGGUCUCCUCUUCAACUACUUCCAGGGACUUGGAAGCAGGUAUUCGAAAGUCAGACACCCCCAUAGAUAACGUAGACGGUAGCACAGAGAGUGCCAUUGAGCGGAAAUUAGACGAGAACGGAGACGAUGAUGAUAUUGACAAGGUCGUUGCCAUGGUAUCACGACCUCGCAGUGCCACCUCCAGUAGUGCUCAAGGUGGUUAUGAAAGUGGCACCCUACUUCGCGCUCCAAGGACUCAAGGUCAAGAGAUGCCUACUGGGGGCACUUCCAGUAGUGAUAAUGAAUUGGCUAUCCUCGGCUUCACCAAUCGCAAUGACUACUGGGAGCAUUCGGCUUUCGGACGCUCAAGGAUUACAGCGAUUGUGAUAGCUUUUAUAGCCAUCUCUUGUCUAGUCUACUGUUUUGUGUCUGCCACCUGGGUUUACAGUGGAAUUCUAAUAAAGUUCGCUUAA